GCGCCGGUUCAGAGCCAGGAGUACCUCUACUUCCCUCAACAAAUUGACAGGCAAAACCUGAAAAUGACAAGAAUGAUGGCAUACAGAUCCAAGAGAUGCCACUCAGGUCCACCACCAUGUCGCCUUAGACUAAGCAAGUCGUCAUACUUAACGGUCAGAAUCGCUGUAAUGGGCUUGGGCGGCGGUCGCUGGCCAGACCGGGUUGAGUUCUCGGCCGAAGGCGAGUUCAACUGGUGUACCGUACCAGUCGAGAAACUCUCAAAGGAGCGCAUUUGGACUUGGAGAAUCUGGAAGAUCGGUUUUCGUUGCGAUGGAGGUAGCAAGAUUGAGAUCGUCUGUCGGUGCUGGGACAAUGCUCUCCAAACUCAGCCGCCUGAUGUACGCACCGCAUGGAAUAGGGGCUUGCAAGUGACCAGCUCCUGUCACAGAAUCUUGGUUUACAGUAUUGUAAACAAUAGGCAAAACACCAAGGCACGCCUUCAAGAAUUCGCAGACAAGGUAAUCUCGUUCGCUCCAAUCACUGUGCCCUUAGCCUUUUUGUCUCAGUCCAGGGACGAAUACGAGGAGUUCUAG